CAACUAUAAAAAGGCACCUUUUCGACCAUAAUAGCUAGAAAUUUUUUUUGAAAAAUGAAACUCUUCGUACUUGUGUUUAUUACAGUUAACUGGUUUGUUCUAUCAUGGUGCCAACCAACAACGACGAAGACGUCAAUGCAGGCAUCAAUGCCUGCCACUACUCAGGCAUCAAUGACCUCUGCCGCCGCCGCUGCUGCCCCUGCCACUAUAGAUGAUGCAGCCAAAAAGUGCAUGGCCCAAGAGAAUAUUGAUCCACAAUAUUCUAAGGACUUUGAAAGUGGAAAAAUUAAACCCGAAAGUGUAUCCACAUCUUACAAAUGUUUCAUCCAUUGUGUCGUUGAAGCCAGAGGAUUCAUGAAGAAUGGACAACUUCUGGAAGAGAAUAUAGUUAAGGCGGCUGAGAAUAUCAAAAGUGUCGAUGAAGUGCGUAAAAUUAUUGGAAAUUGUAAAAUCGCUAAGGCCCAAAAUCCCUGUGAAGAGAGUUUCAAUAAAUACAUGUGCAUUAGAAGUGAAUUGAAAUAAAA